GCCCGCGUUCCUAUGGACAGACGCACAGACACCUGCAGGAAAGACACUGCUGAUCCUGUAACAUGGAGGAUUGUCUUCAUACCUCAUCUGAGAAUCUGUCCAAAUUGGUCAGCUGGGCCCAUAGCCAUGGGACCAUUUGCAGCCUCAUUCCAAACCUAAAACACUUGCUUUCUGAAGGUUCCCAUGGGAACCUGACCGCAAUGUGGGGCUGUAGUGCUGGCCAUGCUUAUCAUUGGCCACUAACGGCUACUUGUAGAGCUGGGUCCCAAGAAAGGGUCUGUUUCCAGGACAACAGAAGUUUUAACUCUGAUAGUCCCAGUAUAAUUGGGGUGCCUUCUGAGACACAAACUAGCCCUGUUGAAAGGUACCCUGGGAGACCAGUGAAAGCAAAGCUAGACUGUAACCGGACCAGAGACUCUUGUGACUUCUCUUAUUGCAGUGAGCCCUCUGAACUGGAUGAAGCUGUUGAAGAGUAUGAGGAUGAAAACACCCUGUUUGACAUGGUUUGUGAGUCUUCUGUUACAGAUGAGGAUAGUGACUUUGAACCCCAAACCCAAAGACCUCAAAGCAUUGCUCGCAAAAGGCCAGGAAUAGUUCCGUCUUCCCUCCAUUCAAGUUCCCAGACACAGAUGGUUGAUGAAUGCAGCAAUGACGUCAUCAUCAAGAAAAUCAAACAAGAAAUUCCAGAAGAUUAUUACAUUGUGGCAAAUGCAGAGCUGACUGGAGGGGUAGAUGGACCAGCCCUGUCCUUGACUCAGAUGGCAAAACCCAAGUCUCAGACUCAUGCUGGUCCCUCCUGUGUGGGGUCUGCUAAGUUGAUUUCCCAUGUAACAUCUGCCAUUAACACGGAGCUAGACCCACAUGGUAUGUCUGCAUCUCCUUCUGUGAUCUCCAGACCAAUUGUCCCAAAGACUGCUAGGGUAUCUCUGGCUUCACCAAACAGAGGACCCACUGGUACCCAUGGCACCAACCAGCAGGUGGCCAUGCAGAUGCCUGUGAGCACAUCCCAUCCUAACAAACAGAUCAGUAUCCCUUUGUCUGCCCUGCAGCUGCCUGGACAGGAUGAUCAAGUUGCUUCUGAAGAAUUCCUGUCUCAUCUGCCCAGCCAGGUCUCAUCCUGUGAGGUAGCCCUCUCUCCCUCAGUUAACCCAGAGCCAGAAGUGAGCUCCAGUCAGCAGCAGCCUCCAGUUGCUCCAACUAUAACCACUGAGGCCACAGCGCAGUGCAUACCAGACCAGGAUGAAAGAGCAGCUGAGCUCAGCAGGGAGCAGAAUGAGAAAACCAUCCGGAGCACUCAGACUGCGCUCCGCAAUUUCCCUUAUUCUACUAAGCUCAACAAAUUUCCUGUAUUUAAUAUUAAUGAUGACUUGAAUGAUCUGUGUACCAGUGCAGUAAGCCCAAACACUACCAAAGCCACGCGGUACGCCCUGAAUGUGUGGCGAUAUUGGUGCAUGACCAACGGGCUCAAAGAUCAUACGGAUAUCACCAAGAUCCCUGCAGUGAAGUUGAAUGAGCUGCUGGAGAACUUUUACGUCACUGUCAAGAAGAGUGAUGGCUCAGACUUCCUGGCUACCUCACUCCAUGCCAUUCGCCGGGGCCUGGACCGCAUCCUGAAGAAUGCAGGUGUGGGCUUUUCCAUCACCAGCAGCACCUUCAGCUCUUCUACCAAGAAGCUCAAGGAGAAGCUGUGGGUGCUGAGUAAGGCGGGGAUGUCGGGUGCCCGCUCUCGAAAUAUUGUCUACUUCUCCCUUUCUGAUGAGGAGGAGAUGUGGCAGGCAGGGUGUCUGGGGGACGACAGCCCCAUCACUCUCCUGUCCACUGUGGUCAAGUACAACAGCCAGUACCUGAACAUGCGGACGCUGCAGGAGCAUGCAGAUCUGAUGUACGGUGACAUAGAGCUGCUCAAAGACCCACAAAACCAGCCCUACUUUGCCCGGACAGACAGUGUCAAGCGGGAGAGUCGGAGUGGAUCCACUAGAGUGUGUCAUGGGAAGAUCUACCAUGAACAUUCCAGAGGACACAAGCAGUGCCCUUACUGCCUCCUCUACAAGUACAUGUACAUCCACCGGCCGCCCACCCAAAUGGAGGCCAAGUCCCCCUUCUACCUUACUGCCAGGAAGGAAGCCACAGACAUGGGCAGUGUGUGGUAUGAGGAGCAGAGGAUGGGACUGCGUUCUCUUCGAGGAAUUGUCCCAAACUUAGCCAAGAAAGUCAAGCUGGAAAACUGUGAGAACUUCACCUUCGUCUCAUUUACUCAGGUCUCCAGGAAACUUGGCUCCCACAGCUGCUGCCAGUGAGCCUGGGUCCCGGCCACUGCCCUACGCCCCCUUGUAGGUGAGAGCUCCCUCAGGUGGCCAAGCCAGAGUCAGCAGCAACCCAGAGCUCUAAGGAGGCAGCUGCUGACCCUGUGUAACUCCAGGCUUAGACUGGUCUCCAUCAGUGUGGCCUGCUAGUCCUCUGACUUGGAGUUUUCUUUUGAAUGAAAGUAGAUAAAAAUCUGAAUAAUUUGGAUGUGUUAUCCAAAUGUGUGUUACCUUUGUUAAAUUGUAAAACACAGUGUAUAAUUGCUAUAUAUGAGAAUGAGGAAAUUCAUAUUAUCUAGUGCCUUUUUAGCACAGGUUUUCUGGAAAAAAAGAGAAAAAGAAAAAAAAAGGAUACUGAUUAAAUAGUUAUUAAAAAAAAAA